UCUAUAUACGCAGAUUCUUACGACCCCAAACGAUCGGAAUCGCUGACAAAACGCUCGCAGAUCUUUGUCAAGGAAGAGCUGAGAGGAACGAAGCUCGCCGGAAUCCAUGGCAAAGAAGGCGUUGCUCGUCGGCUGUAACUAUCCCGGCACCAAGGCUGAGCUCAAGGGCUGCAUCAACGACGUCAAGCGCAUGCGCCGAUGCCUCAUCGAUCGCUUCGGCUUCUCCGAUGAGGACAUCACCGUGCUCAUCGACACCGAUGACUCUUAUACGCAGCCCACUGGCGCUAACGUCCGUCGCGCGAUCACCGAUCUCGUCCGCUCUGCUCGGCCUGGGGACUUCCUCUUCUUUCACUACAGUGGGCAUGGGACUCGACUUCCGGCCGAGACGGGGGAGGAUGAUGAUACGGGUUACGAUGAGUGCAUCGUUCCUUGUGAUAUGAAUCUCAUCACUGAUGAUGAUUUCAGAGAUUUUGUGGAUGAGGUACCAGAGGGUUGCCGUAUUACAAUUGUGUCAGAUUCAUGCCACAGUGGUGGUUUGAUAGACAAAUCCAAGGAGCAGAUUGGUGAGAGCACCAAGCGCGAGGAUGGUGAUUCUGGGUCUGGAUUUGACUUUAAAGGCCUUUUGAAGCAGACGGUUAAGGAUGCAUUUGAGACACGGGGAAUUCACCUCCCGCUCGGUGGUCACCACCACCACCGCCAUCAUGAAGCAGAGGAUGAUGAUGACAGUGAAGCUACUUCUGAUUACCGAGGCCAUGGCUAUGCCAAGAACCGUUCCCUCCCUCUGUCCACACUGAUUGAGAUUUUGAAACAGAAGACCGGGAAGGAAGACAUUGAUGUAGGGAAGCUGAGACCGACAUUGUUUGAUGUUUUUGGUGAAGAUGCAAGCCCCAAGGUAAAGAAGUUCAUGAAUGUGAUCAUGAACAAGCUCCAGCACGGUGAAGGCAGUGGAGGUGGUGGACUUCUGGGCAUGGUUGGAAGCCUCGCACAGGAGUUCCUCAAAACCAAGCUAGAGGAAAACGAUGAAGAUUAUGUGAAACCGGCAUUGAAUACCAAAGUACACAGCAAACAAGAAGUUUAUGCCGGAACAAAGAAGAGAGGCCUUCCAGAUACAGGCAUUCUAGUUAGUGGCUGUCAGACAGAUCAAACAUCAGCAGACGCAAAUUUGCCAAGUACCGGUGAAGCUUAUGGAGCUCUUAGCAAUGCAAUCCAGACCAUUCUUGCUGAAGCUGACGGUGAAAUCAGUAACCAUGAGCUCGUGACAAGGGCUCGGAAAAUGCUGACCAAACAAGGGUAUUCACAGCGCCCUGGUCUUUACUGCUCUGAUGAUCAUGUUAGUGCUGCUUUCAUUUGCUGAUUGUUGAGAAGUUGUAAUUUUUACUGCCGGUAUUGUUGCAAGGACAUUAUUGUGUGGAUUGUUAUCAUAUAGUUUGAUCAUAUAAUAAAUUGCGUGCGUGAUAAACAGUAUAUGAAGUCUUUUUAUUGUUGUAUUUGGUUUGAUGUAUUGAUGUAUUCUGAUUAACCAGUGAAAUCACCGUAUUGAAAGGACAUUAUAUA